AUGCAGUCCGUCGAGGUGGAGGGCCCUGGCGGGUCCGCCGAGCUCGAGGCCCCCGGCCGCUCCGCGUCCAGGGCGUCGGCGUCGAGCGGCGAAGCAACCCGGCGAUCGGUCGUGCACAGGAGGAGCGCGCAGAGCAUCUACCUGAACGCCGCCCGGGCCAGCGUGCUCUCGCAAGGUGCGCGAGCAGACAGCACGCCGGAGUGCGGGACCACGGGUGGCACGGGACUCUGGCCCACUACCAUGAACCUCAUCACGGUCAUGGUCGGCGCUGGCGUGCUGGGCUUCCCGGCCCUCUUCGCCAAGACGGGCCUGGCUUUCGGCUCCAUGCUGCUCGUCUUCUGCUGCGCCACGUCCACCUACCUCUGCUCCACGCUGGCGGGCGCCAUUGCCCUGGUGGAGCGGAGGACUGGCAGGCAGAUGCACAAGAUGGACGACGUCGGGCUGGCCUGCUUCGGCACGCCGGGCCAACAGGUGUCGCGGUAUAUCGUCAACGCCAUCAUGGCGUCGAAGGUCGCCAUCUAUUUGGUCCUCGUUGGGCAGAACAUGAAUUACAUCGGAGGCUUCCUGACCUACCGCGCCUGGGUCCUCGCGGCGUCGGUCGUCGUGAUGGGCGCCGCGUUUCUCCGGGACCUCUCGAUCAUCGAGCGGUUCGCCGUGAUAGGCGUCAUCGCUUCGGUGUUCUACUUCUUCACCAUCAUGUCCGGCGCCCUGAAAGCCUCCUCUCAGGGCCUUGUCGACUCCCCAGAAGGCGCCGAGCUCCUCUAUUUCCCGCUCGAGCCCCUGAGCGGCAUCGAGGCGCUCACCGUCAUGAUGUUCAGCUUCGGGCCGUGCGACGUAGUCGCCACGGCCAGACGAGAGAUGGAAGCCCCAGAGCAGUUGCCGCGAGCGCUACUGUACUCUCACGUGCUCGUCGCGAUCAUCUACUUCUGUGCAGGCGUUGCUGGCUACAGCGGCUUCGGCGCCGACGUCCAGGGAAACGUCAGCAUGUCCAUGUGCAACCUUCCGGGGUGCCCCGGCGUCGUCAAGGACCCAGGCGAGAAGUGGUGGUCUGGCUACAUUCUCUCGGGCGCAGUCGUCGCGAACCUUGCGGUCACGAUGCCUAUUCUCCUGUACUGCCUAUUCACAGGCGUGGAGUCGGGCUACCCGCCGAACGCCCCGAUGCCUGCGCACCUGAACACGGCGAUGAGGUUCGGCACCGUGGUGAUGUGCACGCUCGUCGGGCUCAUGGUGCCCUUCUUCCUCCAGGUCGUCGGCAUCAUGUCCGCGGCUUUGGUCGUGCCCCUCUGUUUUUUCCUGCCCAUCGGCUUCUCUUGGAAGGCCACUAAGGACGCCGGGGAGCCGCUCUCGCCGCUGCGUCUGUGCCUGAACUGCUGCUUGGUGGUCAUAGGCGCCUGCUGCAUGGUCAUCGGCCUAAGCUCUUCCGUCGAGGACCUCCGCAAGGAGAUGGCGAAGACGGAGAAGGUCCAGGAAGCUGGCGCGGCCGCCGAGGUUGCCGCCGAGAUGGCCUCGGGUCUCCUCUCCGCGGCAGCGGCGCAGGCGCCAGUCUUCGUGAGCUUCUUGCACUGA